AAUCACAUCUGUCAACGUCAAAUGAAAUGUAAAUGCAUGUGGUGGUGUGCAAGUUGCUAGCCGCCGUUCCCCUUCAGGCGCUUGAUGAGAAUAUGUGAUUCCACUCUUUACAUAUAACUUUGUUCCAAUUCCUUCAAUCAUCUAUCUACCCGCCAAAGAAAAAUUCCUAGACAGUCUAAAGUUUCAAUCCAGAGGGAAGAGAUGGACAGUGGAAGGGAAAAUAGUGUAGAGAGUGGAGUUGGAUUGCAUGAUGAAAAUAUUAUCACAUCAGAAGAUGAAGAAUUGUCAGUAGGUGGGAUAUUUGAGAACGAGGAGGUACCUUCAUGGACAAAACAGUUAACUAUAAGAGCUUUUGUGGUGAGUUUUGUGUUGUCAGCAAUGUUAUGCUUCAUAGUGUUGAAACUCUACUUCAGUCUUGGUAUUAUACCACCAAUGAAUGUCGCUGCUGGGCUAUUGGGAUUUUUCUUUGUCAAGACUUGGACUAAAACACUGGAGAAAGCUGGCAUUUUGAAGCAGGCCUUGACCCGCCAAGAAGUUACAGUCAUUCAGACCUGCGUUAUUGCCUCCACAGGCAUUGCUUUUAGCGGAGGCUUUGGAAGUUACCUGUUUGGAAUGAGUGAACGUGUUGCCAAUCAAGCAGCUGAAGCCAAGUAUGAGUUGGACUACAAGAACCCAGCACUAGGCUGGGUAAUUGGCUUUCUUUUUUUAACUAGCUUCUUGGGUCUUUUCUCGGUGGUUCCUCUCCGAAAGCUAAUGAUCAUAGACUUGAAGUUGGUGUAUCCCAGUGGUACUACCACUGCAUAUUUUAUUAACAGCUUCCACGCUCUUGGAGGGGCAAAACUAGCAAAGAAGCAAGUCAGAGAAUUUGGCAAGUUUUUCUCAUUUAGCUUCUUAUGGGGUUUCUUCCAAUGGUUCUUCACGGCUGGUGAUGAUUGUGGCUUCUCAAAAUUCCCAACAUUUGGAUUAAAAGCGUAUAAAUACACGUUUUUCUUCGAUUUCUCAGCAUUGAAUGUUGGAGUAGGGAUGAUCUGCCCUCACAUCGUGAAUAUAUCUUUUCUUCUUGGAGGAAUACUUUCUUGGGGUAUUUUGAGGCCUCUCAUUGAAACUAGAAAGGGGGAUUGGUACUCUGCAGAUCUCGAGCCACAUAAUUUCCAGGGACUUUAUGGUUAUAUGGUAUUCAUUGGCAUUUCCAUGUUUCUCGGUGAUGGCCUAUACAACUUUUUCAAGGUUCUAAGCCGAACUCUGGCUGGUUUGUAUUACAAAAUUCUAUGCAGAAAUACAAACAUGCAAAUCCCAGUUGUAGGAAAUUCCUCUCCUGUACGAAAAUCACUCUCUUAUGAUGACCGACAUUGUACCGAAGUCUUUCUUAAGGAUCAAAUCCCAACAUGGUUUGCCGUUGGAGGUUAUUUUGCCCUUGCUGCAGUCUCUACUGCAAUCCUUCCUCACAUUUUCCACCAGCUCAAGUGGUACUACAUCAUUGUUAUAUACAUAUUUGCACCAAGCUUGGCCUUCUGUAAUGCGUAUGGGUGUGGGCUCACUGAUUGCUCAUUCGCAUCAAAUUACGGAAAACUAGCUGUCUUUACAAUUGGGGCAUGGGCGGGGGCAUCACAUGGUGGAAUACUUGCUGGUCUAGCAGCAUGUGGAGUGUUGCUUAAUAUAGUUUCCACUGCCUCUGACCUCAUGCAAGAUUUCAAGACCGGAUACUUGACCUUGGCUUCGCCUUGUUCAAUGUUCGUCAGCCAAGUGAUUGGGACUGCAAUGGGAUGUGUUAUUUCUCCUUGUGUCUUUUGGAUUUUCUACAAAGCUUUUUCUGAUCUCGGGCUUCCUACAAGUGAAUAUCCUGUCCCCUUAGCUACAGUGUCCUAUAAUAUGGCUAAACUAGGUGUUGAGGGCUUAUCGGCUCUUCCUACAGGUUGCCUCAAGCUAUGUUAUGGAUUUUUCGCUGCAUCCAUUCUCAUCAACUUAACCAGAGAUGCUUUGGGAAAGAAACGUUCAUGGUUUAUUCCAAUUCCAAUGGCAAUGGCAGUACCAUUUUUUUUGGGUUCACAGAUUGCUAUUGAUAUGUGUGUUGGAAGCCUCAUAAUUUACGUAUGGCAAAAGAAAAAUAAGGCCAAUGCUGAUGCCUUUGGGCCUGCCGUGGCAACUGGUUUGAUUUGUGGUGACGGGAUGUGGACUUUGCCUAAAUGUAUACUAGCUCUAGUCGGAGUGAAACCUCCAAUUUGCAUGAUGUUCAUUUCAAGGGCUACUUAUAAUAAGUUAGAUUAAGUACUAGAAUCCUAGAUAGGCCAGGGGAAAGAUUAACUUAUAUGCCAACAAGUAUCAUCUUCAUAAUCUGUAGACUUUAAAAUAUUAUCCUGUAACUAUAAAUAAGAGAAUCAAUUCAUGUUUCUGCAGUAUGA